AUGUCCCACUCCAGCAACCAAGGGGACGCUGAUGCCCCCAUUCCGACCCAACGCCCUGCCUCGCCAGCCAAGAGAUCUGCUGCUACUAUGGAAGGCAUUGAGUCUGCCCAAGACAACACCACAACGGACGCACCGUCAGAUGCUCCUCCUUCAUAUGAUGCCCACCAACAGGACGCCAGUCCAGCAGCCACACCGGGUAUCGAUGAGCAGGUUGCGCACAUCCAGUCUCUACUCAACACACCACUAGAAGAUGGUUCAAAAGGCUUCAUUGUCGCUUCUAAAUGGUUCAAUCGCGUGGUGGCUAGAACAGAAAGCGCAAACAAGAAGGAUUAUGAUGCCGACAUGUUGCAAGGAGAGAUUGGCAAGAUCGACAACUCUUCUAUCGUUGCUCUUGGUAAGUGCAUUGCUGCCACCACGUCAGGUUAUGGCUAA